AUGCACAGAGAGAACACGCUUGUCGCCCUCACCCUAGUCCCGUUCAAGCCUUGCUUAGGACACACAAGGCCCCAUCAUCUUGUCACCUUCAUCAUUGUCACCAAUUCUCAGCUUUGCCAGUCUCGUCUCUGUCCCCGCCAAGACCGCGUCCAUUUGAAAGGGCGCGCCGGAUACAGCAUUUCCUUGGAGUUUCGUGAUUUGUUUCCCAGGCGCCACGGAGAUCUGGCCUUGCAAAGUCCCCCGACCGACUGCACCACCGCCGUACCCUACGGCCUUGCUCGCGACGACACUGCCAGACAGGAGAGUCAUUGA